AUGAAGGCUAUGCAAGGUAGCAUCCUGCUCCUGGCGUUCCUCCUUUUCGCCGCCCUCGCUGCUGGUGCGUGCUCGACCCCCAACGAGCUGCGUUCAACGGCCACCACCACCACCGCCGCCGCCGCCCGGCUCUUCUCCGUCGUCGGAGGCCUCGAGGCCCUCCCCCUCCAUCAGCACCACAUAGCCCUCUUUGGCCGCUCGACCUACAACCUGACGACGGGGCUCGACCAGCCCCACCUUCUUCCACUUCCUCUCGACUUCGACCACCCCCACCGCCACCUGGUCGUCGUAGGGGCCACGUCGUCCUACCGUCCGGGACCCCUCAACAACCUUCUCAUCGAGCUCUUCAAGAUCAACAACCUCAACAACGUCGUCGAGAUCUUCAACAACAACAACAAGAACAACAUGAACAAGAACAACAACAACAACAAUAUCGACAUGCUCCUCCACGGCCCUGCGCUUAUCGAGGAGGCUGUCGUGGAGGGCCUCACCCGCCAUGGGGCUACUCGAGUGGAGACCCCAUCGUCGCCAUCGCCAUCGCCGUCGCCGUCGUGGAGGGGCUACACCGGGCCGGUCGUUGCGCGCCUCCUGCUCGUACGCCCCUUCCUGGCCCUCGCUCGCAGCGUCGACUCUUCGCUCCCGUCGUGGAGGCUCCCUUCAUCGCUCCCCUCCUGGUGGUCGUCGGCGUCGUCGCAGCUUUCUUCGAUCAUCGCGUCGGUCCCGUCGGCGGCGGCGGCGACGUGGGCUUGGCUCCCGUCGUGGAGGUCGGUGGUGCCCUUCGUUCAGGUGGCGCUCGGGUGCCUGCUAGCCCUGCUCGGCUACGCCCUGGGCACGCAGCUCGACCCCAUCCACAAGCCCCUGCCCCCGAUCCGCGGCUACCCCUCCUCCUCCUCCUCUUUCUGGUCGUCGUGGUCGUCGCCGGCCCUCCUCGCCUUCGCCGUCACCUCUUCGCUCCCCACGUGGCCGUCGUGGCCUUCGCCCCCCGCGGUGUCGGCCCGGAUGUGGUCGAUGCUGGCCCGCCCCGCGACCACCACCGCGACGACCGUGUGGCCGACCGCCGCCGCCGCGAGUGGGCUGCGGCGCAGGCGAGAGCGCCGGCUCGACGUCGGUCCGUUGGAUCUGCUGCUGAUAGCCCGGUCCAUCGAGGCCUGCUUCAACGCCACCCACGCGCCGGCCCAGCCCGCCCACGACGAGGCGCCGCUCGUGAACAACAACACGAGGAGGCGGGAGCGCCGGAUCGACGUCGGUCCGUCGGAUCUGCUGCUGAUGGCCAGGUCCAUCGAGGCCUGCUUCAACGCCGCCCACGCGCCCACUCAGCCCGCCCACGCGCCUGCCCAGCCCGCCCACGACGGCGAUGACGACGACGGCGAGGACGAGGUGCCGCUCGUGAACAACAACACCACCACCACCACGAGGAGGCGUGAGCGCCGGAUCGCCGUCGGUCCGUCGGAUCUGCUGCUGCUGGCCAGGUCCAUCGAGGCCUGCUUCAACGCCGCCCACGCGCCCGCCCAGCCCGCCCAGCCCGCCCACGACGAUGACCACCACGAUGGUGACGACAACCAGGUGCCGCUCGUGAACAACACGAGGAGGCGCCGGAUGAUGGCGGCCCUGCACCACCACUAG